GGUGGCAUUGGUCAGCAACCCAUCCUAGCAAAUUCGGUCCAUCACAAAGAAAUAAAAAAUAAAAAAGGUGUACGUAUCAUAUUCACUUUAUUAGAGUUCAGGAGAAGAAGAAGAGGAGUAAAAAAUGGCGGCAGCAGGAGCAGCAUGUAAUUAUGCCGCUGUUUAUGCUUUUGGCUUGACGACCACUUCAUCUUCUUCAAGGGCUGCGGCGGCGGCGGCGGCGUUUUCCCCACACACACCCUUUCUCUCCUCUGUAGCAGUAAGGAAGCCUCUAAGGGUACCAAGAGCCUCAAAUGAGAAACUUACAAGUGGAAAGUUCGAGAAAGACUGGUUGAGGAGUGACCUGAAUGUGAUUGGGUUUGGGCUGAUAGGAUGGGUUGCACCAUCCAGCAUUCCAGCUAUCAAUGGUAAGAGCUUGACUGGGCUCUUCUUUCACAGCAUUGGCACUGAGUUGGCCCAUUGGCCCACUGGCCCAGCUCUCACUUCUGACUUCUGGUGGUGGAUGUUGUGGUGGCAUUUGGGACUGUUUCUCUGUCUCACUUUUGGACAGAUUGGCUUCAAGGGAAGGACUGAAGGUUAUUUUUAAGAUUGCUAUUAUCACCAACCAGAUCACUCUCUCCCUUGUAAAAGCAUUGAUUUAUGACUUAUCCGGGGUUGUUUCAAUUGGUUUUUAUCUAAUGGGUGGUCUAUCAUUUAGGAGUAUGUUAUGAGUGAUUCCAUGAUUCCAUCAUGUAUUUAAAGAGUAUCAUGAACCUUUCUAUAUAAGGAAAUAAAGUAAUUUAAGUGUUGGUUUGGGAUCCUAGAAAAAGACUUUAGGAAAAUGGUGAUGGAAGUGUGGAUUGGAAAAUCAGAAAAGUAAAUCUGAACAAGAUCCCACCACAUUGGAAUCAACUGGAGAUGGAAGU